UCAGGCCAGGGCGAAGUGUCAGUGUAGCCUAGCAGCGAGGUAGCUAAGCUUGCUUUCUCGUGUGUUUAGCAAAUUUUUUGAUUUUUUUUUUUUUAUAUAAAUAGUGUAAUUGUAGCACCCCAGAUAUGUCGUUGUUUGCUAAAAUAUUUGGAGGAGGAGGAGGAAAAGGAGGAAAGGGACCGAGCCCACAGGAGGCGAUCCAGAAACUCCGAGAGACGGAGGACAUGCUAACGAAGAAACAGGAAUUUUUAGAGAAAAAGAUCGAUCAGGAACUGCAAAUUGCCAAGAAAAACGGCACGAAAAACAAAAGAGCGGCUCUGCAGGCUUUGAAAAGAAAGAAGCGAUAUGAGAAGCAGCUCGCCCAGAUCGACGGCACGCUGUCGACCAUCGAGUCAAGAGAGGCUCUGGAGAACGCCAACACCAACACUGAAGUGCUCAAGAACAUGGGCUUCGCUGCCAAGGCCAUGAAGUCUGCUCAUGAAAACAUGGACAUUGACAAGGUGGACGACCUGAUGCAGGACAUCACAGAGCAGCAGGAGCUGGCCCAGGAAAUCUCCGACGCCAUCUCUAAACCUGUCGGCUUUGGAGAAGAGUUUGAUGAGGAUGAGCUGCUGGCGGAGCUGGACGAGCUGGAACAGGAGGAGCUGGACAAAAACCUUCUGGAGAUCGGGGGACCGGAGAACGUCCCCCUCCCCAACGUGCCUUCUUCUUCAUUACCUUCCAGACCUGCCAAGAAAGAGGAGGACGAGGACGACAUGGAGGACCUGCAGCGCUGGGCGAUGGAAGCCAUGUAAUCGCAGCAUACCUGCAUCAGAAAGGGAAGAAGAAGGAGCCAGGGGGAAUGAAUGGACUGAUAGGAUGUUGUGUAUGAGUAUAUUUUUGUGUGUCUGAUGACAGCUGACUUUAUGUAACACUACGAAAAAGCGACAAUGCUGUAGACUUUGUUUCCCCUGUCCCCUUCACAAAUACAGAGACCCCUGUGUGUCAGGGGCUUUUAUAUUGAAGCUCUAUCACCUAAUAUUUUUUUCCCCUCAAUUUUAACACAAUACUAGCACUUAAUGGUCAUUGUACUGGGCAGGGCUGUUUCAGUGCACACAGAGUUCAUACUGAGGUGUAAUAUUGUGAGCUCUGUGGUGCAAUAAAGGAGUUGUUAUCAGAUCAGUGUAACCUGCUGCGUGGCUAACGUCACUGGAGGACAGGGGGAUUUUCAUGGAGGCUUAAUCCUCACAGAUCUGUUUCCGACAUAUUUACUUGUGUUUGUGGCGUUAAACUGGCUGGAUGUUUAUUUUUUCUUUCUCCCUUCUUGACAGAAAUAACAGUCCUUUGCUCAGUUUUUUUGUUAAUGCUGUUGAAAAUAGGAGAACAGCUGAGCAUGAGCUGGAUGAUAAGCUAUGAGCUGUGUGUUUGCCAGAAUCCGAACCUCUUCUUUUGUUUCAGGCUGCGCGCUUUGUCCCUUUUCCCUCCUCCUCUUCGCCUCCUGUCGCCACUUCAGGCACUUCUCCUUCCCUCAAAGGCGUUCCCACCAGUGGUUCUUGUUAUUUGGUGUAAAUAUCCCAAAUGUUUCUCUUUUUUAUAUACUGUAUUUCUGCCGUCACUGAGAGGUUCUGUCGAGGUUGUGUGAAGCAUGAAGCAAUUUGGAAAUCACGAUACAGAUCACAACGCACGGCUAGAAAGAGAGAUGUUAAACCUCGCAGUUUCAUCCGACUCUGUCUGUCUCGGUCCUUCUCGUAAGGAUUUUUGUUUCAAAUUGUAUAAUGUUGAAAAAAUAAUAAUAAUAAACUAUUGUCACACCUUAUUAACUACAUCUUGAAGGAGAUGGUGCUUUGUAAAAGAUUAGAUUAUAGUCAAUCUACAACAUUUUGGAGUUUAAAGAGUUAAUUUCUUUUAGUUUUUUCAAAGUCAUGAUGUACAUUUUUUACAUAGAAAAAAAACCCUUAACACAGUACGAAUGGACAAGCAUGUUUGCAUUUAUAUGUUUUAUUUAUCCAGAUGAGAGUAUUAUUUGCAAAAUCAUUAAAGGUUUUCAAUUCUUU